UCCUCUUCUUCUACUGUAUUUCUAUAUUCCCCUUCCUCCUCAAAUCUCCAAAGAGAUAUAUAGAAACUAACUAAUAAAGAAGUUUCCAAGUUUACAGAAAAUCUUAUUUUGUAGGUAUUUUUUUUUGUUUUGAGAAUUCCAACACGAGUUUCAAAUUCUCUACUGUAAAUCAUCAUCAUCUCCCUCGUUUACUCGGAAAACGGCAAGAACUUUCUUUCUGAACUAAAUUGGAGGAGAACUUUGGAGAAGAUUUGGGUUUUUAGAUUCAUUGAUUGAAAAUUUGUUUUAGGGUUUUGGUUCAGUGGUUUUAGCUAGAGAAUUAAGUAAAGAAGGAUGAUAAAGAAUAUCUGUCUAACUUGAAUAGCGCUGAUAGUACAUUCUUGAAGAAAGAGAGAGGGAACUACAGUAACGUGAAUCGGCUGACAAUUGGAAAUCAGAACUAAACACAGUGGUAGCGUGGAUCACUUCAUUUGCAUGAUUCAUUUUUAAUGAGGAAGUUCUUCUCCUUUCGAUCUUCAGCUUCUAGCAACUUGAUCAACGACCGAGCUCCUCCCCCUGCACCACUUGACAAUGAGGAGGUCUACUGGGAAGCACCUUUUACAUGUGAAGACAAAAACAAAACUCUAAAACAAAUCCCAGAAAGACAGAUUUUGGCCCCAUGUGCAGGCCCUAGAAGGAGCCUCUCAUUUUCAUCAGCAUCGUCUAUUGGAUCUCCUGGAAAUAAUAGGAAUAUUCCUGCUCAAUCUGAUGAUAUUUUGGUUGGUUGUCGUUCCCUUACCCCGGAUAGGCAGUCCAAGGCGAAAAGAGAUGGUCUUGCUGCUAGGAAGAGAUAUGGUACAGAGAAGGUUGAAUUUCCUUGUUCAUCAAAUUCCGUUGACUCGACAUGUGAUGCUACUCAUGGAUCUCCUCAAGCCAAUUCUGCGCGUUUGGUUCAUGUCUCAAAUAAUGUUUUGGACCUUUACAUAGACGGGGAACAGAAUCAAGAUAUGAAUUUGACAACAAGAAGCAGUUCUUUUAGAUGCCAAUCUAAUAGCAGAGUUAGUAGUAGGCGACCUCCGCGAAUUCAAACUACUUCACCAGUUUCCCCCACAGAUAUGAGUAAAGACGAAGGGAGGUCUCAGUCCUUCAGAGAUGAUCAUCUUAUGCUUUCAACUAGAGAGUGGAAAAGAACAGAAUUUCGGUCUGAAUCGCCACAAAAACUUGCAAGAAAUGUUGUUGAGAGACUAUCUCAGGUGUUCCCUCAUAAGCCAAAGACCAGAUCCCGAGAUUUAGAUCCUGACACCCCAACCACAGUUGAAGACAUCUUUGAGAGCUUCGUGGACCCAAAUCGCAGUUCAUAUUCUGAUGUUAUCACCCAAAAAAAUUGUGUAUCUGAUAUACCUUAUGGUGCCAUGACUGGUUAUGUUGGGGAGGGAGGCAAGGACUUCCCAGAUGAAAGAUUUUCUGUGGCAGAUGCUCCAGUUUCCAUGUAUAAGGCCAAAGAGGACGUGGAGUUACGCAAGUACGCAGAUGAAGCCCAGGAGAGGGUCAUGUUAAUCUCUGAAGAGAUUGAGCAGGAUAAUCUUCUUAGGAGUCGAGAUUUCAGUGUAUCUGAAUUAUUUCAGACAAUUAGAAGUCUCAGUGAAGAGAAGAGAAGCUUGGCAGUGGAGGUCUUAACCCAAAUACAGUGUCGAAUUUCUGAGAGAGAAGGUUCACGCAGAGGGGCAAUGAUGGAAAUUGAUUCGCGGACAAGAAGAUUGGAGAGAGAGAAAAAUGAGCUGCAGACAGCAUUGGAGAAGGAAUUGGAUAGAAGGUCCAGCGACUGGUCAUAUAAGCUUGAGAAGUACCAGUUGGAAGAGCAGAGGUUACGGGAGAGGGUAAGGGAGUUGGCAGAGCAGAAUGUUUCGCUCCAGAGGGAAGUCUCUUCCUUUAAUGUCAGGGAGGCCGAGAAUAGAAACCAAAUGACUAAUUCAGAGGUCCAGCUGAAGGAUCUAACUGCAAAAUUGGAAGACGCAACAGAGGAGAACUGUGCUCUUCAGCAAAACCUGUCAAAAUUUCAUGCCCAGUGUAAAGGGGCUGAAAAUGAUAGAGAUUGUAUCAGAAAAAGCUACAAAGAGAAAGAGAAGGAAAGCAAAGAGUUACAGAAAACUGUAGCAAGGCUGCAAAGGACUUGCAAUGAGCAAGAAAGGACGAUUAAGGGUCUGCGGCAAGGACUUGCUGUGGAUGUUGAAAGAAAGGAACCCUUUGAUUACGAUGCUAAUAGAUGGAAAAUGGAGCAAGUGAGAUUGACAGGGGUUGAACAAGUUUUGAGAAGGGAGGUUGAGUCAAAUAGGCUUGAAGUUGAAUCCAAACGGCGAGAGAACAUGAAUCUGUUGGAUUGCCUAAACAACAGUGGUAUUGAGGGCGGAUCAUCAGGCUUCAGGCUUGAGCAGGAGCUGAAGGAUAUAAUCUUCUGCUUACAGAAACAAGGGUUGUCCUUGUUAGGUGAAAGUUGUCAGUUGUGUGAAAAGUUGCUAGGACUCUUUAACGGUAAGGCAGAUCAGAGUGCUGGACACAUUCAAGAAUCUGGAAAGGAUGAAUUCGAUGGGUACUUUAUACUGGAAGCCAAUAUGAAAGUCCAAAAUAUCAAAAGGGGAAAUGAGAAUCUGACACGAAGUUUACAGUCAAUAUCACUGGUAUUGGAAGAAAAGUCGAAACGAGAUCCAUUAAAUACUCAUUUAGCGCACACUGAGAAUGGCAGAUCAGGGAAACUGAAGGAUCAGGCUUCUGAGGAUGAUAUUGGGUUCAAACUCAAGGCAGAAACUCUGUUGACAACCCUAUUGCGAGAAAAGUUGUUAUCCAAACAACAGGAAAUCGAGCAAUUGCAAUCUGAGAUAGCAACAGCAGCAAGAGGUCAUGAUAUUCUUAGAUCUGAGGUCCAGGGUGCACUAGAUUAUCUUUCCAGAGCAUCUCACAAGAUGAAGGAUCUAGAACUUAAGAUGAUGAAGAAAGAGGAUAGUCUUCAUCAACUCACAAGUGAACUCCAACAAUGUGGAAAAGAGUUGGCGUCGACAAAGGGAGUGCUCUCAAAGAUGACUGAAGAGAGAGAUUUGUGUUGGGAGGAAGUGAAGAAUUACAGUGAGAAGAACAUGUUGCUGAAUAGUGAAGUGAACAUGUUAAGGAAGAAGGUUGAAACCUUGGACGCAGAUCUACAUAUUAAAGAAGGCCAGAUCACAAUUCUAAGAGACAGUCUUGGAAAUAGAAAGCCCUUUGACAUUCUAUAUAGUCCUAAUUCCAUGCAAGAGAAUGUGCAUUUUUGAGGAUGAUCUCUAUCCCAUAUUUCUUCUUCUUAUGCCUUGAGUAAGUUUUCAUGUUUCAUUUUUGUUCACAAACUUUGUGAUUUUCUUUAAUAAGCUUUUGGUGGGUAAGACCAAGACUACCACCUUUGCUUAUUGAGUUGCAUCCAACCAUCCUCUUGUUGUACAGUUUUUUGUCAUAUUUUACGGCUUAAUAAGAGUGCACUCCGUUAUCCAGUGACGUGCGUGAGUUUUCAUUUAUGUC